AUGAUUGAACUCUCUGCAAAACUUAAUACUGGCACAGUUUAUUUAGCUGGUGAAGCUAUAGAAUGCUGUAUCACAUUUUGUCAUACACCACAGCCUGAGCACAGAAACUCUCAAAGUCACAGUGACAUCUUAGAAAAUUUAGCAUGGGCUUCAGCACAGAUACAUUGCUUUUUUUCAACAUCAAAAAAUACAGGAGAUAAAACUCCUGCCGUCGAAAAAACAACAGCUUUGGAGGUAACAUCUUGUGAUAUCGGUGAUGUUAUUUUUCACACAAAACCUAAGAUUUUAUUUUGUGACUUGACUAUACCAUUGGGAGAAACCAAAACUUUUUGGUACAGAGAAUCCCUACCUAUUGAAGCUCCACCUUCAUACAGGGGCACAGCUGUUAAAUAUUCUUAUAAAAUAACUAUAGCAACACAAAAAGUUGGUUCUCAUAUAAAAAUGGUCAGGAUACCCUUUAGGGUUUUGCCUAUUAGCCCUAUUAUUAAUAUGCAAGACUUAGCUGUUCUAUGUGGAAAUGAAACUACUGAAGAAUUACAACCAACUAAUCCCUUUUCUGAAGAGAGAAAAGUUGAAACACCUCUCACUAUGGCUUUACAAGUAUUACAGAACCUUACAGCUAGAAGAAGUCCCAAUUCAUAUAUGAUUACUAAUGCUAGAGGCAAAGUUGGUAGAUUUUGUUUAUUUAAAUCUGCAUAUAAAUUGGGAGAAGAUAUUGUUGGUACUUUUGAUUUUUCAGUUGGUUCAGUUACUUGUAUGCAGGUAUCAGUAUCCUUACAGCCUGAAGAAGUGAUGAAAAAGCAAUCACCAGCAAAAAAUGUAAACAAAGAUAACUGCAGUCGAUCAAUGACGGUAGCAAGAUAUCAUGAAGUUACUGUAGGCCUUACACAUUCACAACUUAUUCUGCCAAUACCUUUACAUAUUACACCAGCCUUUGAUGGUGAUGAAGUGUCUCUGAGUUGGCGCCUUCACUUUGAGUUUGUGACAAGUAAUGAAAAACUAUUCCCUAAUGCAGAAGACAAAGAUUGGAAUGCACCCCUCAAUGUGCCUAUUGAGACUAUGGUAUGGAAUUUACCUGUGAAAAUUUAUUCCACUCUACCAAAACAAAUCUCUCAACAACCUGCUGAUAGUGAUAAUUAUACAUUACAUAUUAAA